ACUCUCCCGCAAAAAUUGUAUUUAUUCGCUCCGGUAGAACUCCAGGGAGGUUUCUGCCAGCCUGCAACUGCCAGGCAAGGAAGCAAGGAGCUGGCAAUUUUGAGAACCAGCCCUGCCAAAGGCUGAACCCAGAGAUAGGACACUUCUUGGGAAUGUGCACUGAGAGGGGAGAGAAGAUUCAGGAGAAAAGCUGGUUUGGGGGGGAAAGGGGAUGAUUGUCAGAUUGUUUCUUAGGUGCCAAAGGAAUUCAGGCAGCCAGAAAGAAGGGCCUUGAGAGUUUUUGUCUUAUUUUGUUUUUUGAUAAGCGGGAAAUUGUGGACUUGGGACGUGGCACAUCCAUGGAUAUGACUUUUCUUCAUCGGUAAAGGAAGCAACUCUUUGCCAAAUUUCUGAUGUAUGGGUAGAUUUGAGCAGACAGCUUUGGAAACCUCGUGUGGCAUUGAAAAGACUAGCAAGAGCCCAAUUUGGCCCCCUGCAAGAGAUUCCCUCUCCUCUCCUCAGCAGUCCUUCACGUUUGGGUCAGCCAUUGUUUUGAAGGGGCCUCCACGUGUUCUGCAACUCUUGACCCUCCAGCCUUUUUGCCAGGCGAGGAGAUGAAACGGGAAUUGCCAGCUGACCUCCUGCUCUGACCUGGCAGAGCUCGAGUUUUCAUUUUGAGGACCUGCUGGCAGAGGGGAGUGAUUCCCCAGUGUGGGUUGCUUUGGUGUGGCUGACUUUUAUCCAAGACAGAACAGCAAAAUUGCUGGCGAUGGUUACAUGUUGCUUGUGAAUGGGAUUAGCUUGGUGUGACUAGGAGUAAGCUGGGUUGUGCUUCCAGAAGAGACCACGGAAAGGCAACCCCACCAUUCCACGGGUGAUCCAUCUGAUUUCCACCUCUAGAAGGUUGCUUCUCUCUUGCCUUCCCCACCUUGAAGAUGAUGUCCCCAAAAGGCAAGAGACGAUAUUGGAGUUGGUUGGUUCUGGCAAUCCUGAUAUGCCAAGAAUUCCCUAAUUUCCCACUUGCAGUGGCCAAGAAAGAGCGGAAGAAACUGAAGGAGCCUAACCAAUACAUAGAGGCCCUCAACACAACUCUUUCCAACAGUGAAGAAUUAUAUGGACACUCCAAGAUGUUAGAGUCCCCAGACCCGCGCAUCACUGAUCCACGCCGGACAUGGAUUUCAUUUGUACAGCGUCCGGGUGAAGGCAGCAACUCCAAAAAGAAAUGCAAAGGAAAAGAUAAAAAACGUGGUCUUGCUGGACCUCCAGGCCCGCCUGGUCCUCCAGGCCCCCCUGGUUUUCCUGGGGCUGAAGUCACCCAUGAAGUCUUAAUGCAAGAAUUUAAAGAAAUGUUGAAAGAGGCCACUGAACGGCGGGCAUCUCCGGCUCUACCAGCUCCUCCUAGCGAGAUGCCUGUGGUGUUGCUGCCCCUGGAGGAACUGUCCCCCUACCGGCGAGUGGAGGAAGCCUUCCAUUGCAAACUCAAGGGGCAGAUCAUUGUGGACAAGAAAACCUUGAUGGAACUCCAGAACUUUCAGAUGCCUUUAGCUAAAGGGGCUUUUCUUCGAGGAUCUGGACUAAAUUUAACAACUGGGAGAUUUACAGCUUCAGUAUCUGGCAUUUAUCAGUUUUCAGCCAACGUCCAUGUAGACCACAGCGAGCUGAAAAGCAAACUGCAGCUUCGAGCAAGAGACAAUGUUCGGGUACUGAUUUGCAUUGAAUCCCUCUGUCAUCGAUAUACAUCUUUGGAAGUUAUUGCUGGGCUGGAAAGUAACAGUAAAGUUUUUACUGUUUAUGUCCAUGGAUUGCUCCAACUCCAGGCUGGACAAUACACAUCAAUCUUUGUGGACAACAGUGCUGGCGCCCCUGUUACCAUUCAGAAUGGAUCUGACUUUAUGGGCAUGUUCGUUGGCGUCUAAUUCCCAAACAACCUGCAACAGAGAAUGGAGGGGGAGAAAACACAUCUGGACAUUGAUGGACAAGCUUGAGCUUUGAACACUGUCUGCCCAGAGGACCAUCUUCUCUGCCGUUGGUGUUCUGCAGCUGAAUGAAGCAAAUGUCUUUUUUCCUUUCAGGAGGCAUAGCAACACUCCAAGAGAAAGAGGAUGGUUCUUAACACUGAAUCCAAAACCCAGAUCCAGUUUCCUUCCAUUGGCAGAUUCUGAUCUGCCAUCUUGGUUCUGAGAUCCAAGGAAAUCUCUCUCCUUUAAUCCGUUUAAGGCUACGGGGGGCUGAGAAUAUGCUGGGCAUCAGAACUUAUUUGAAGACCCAAUGUGUUCCAUAUAUUGCAUGCCCAGGUAUCUUUUAGAUAGGUGGGACUAGAAAAGACCUGUCUGAUCCUUGGAAAGCUGAUGCCAGUCCAUGUAGACAACACUGAGUUGAUGGACUAACAGAGUUUAACUAACAUUUCUUAUGUCUUCCAUCUUGUGUUCUGAAGCAGCCAAUCAGAAGGCUCUGGGAAAUGUGUCGGUAGGGCAGCAAAACCCUCUCCUUUUCUGUUGCUGAUCUCAAGCAAAUGGUAUUCUCUGACAUGCUGGGAAUGGCCCCAGAGUUCUUCUCUGUUCCAAUUCAAAGCAGGACUUUUUCUGAUCCUCCUCCCAUUAGUUUGAGGAUGGGAGACUUUUAGAUUUACCUUAAUAUUUAAAAAAGUGCUUGCAACCUAGGGCUAACUUGUGCUCCCGGACAUGCGUGUCACGGCUUGGGCGAAAAAGUCUUCCGGCAAGUCCUUCUAUUAGGAGAUGGUUGCAGCGUGGCUGAUUUCAUCUUGAGUAAUUUCCAGAUGGGUAACGCUACAGGGCCUUCCAUAAAUUCCAUCAUAAAUGGAAGCGUGCAUACCUUGGUUGCAGAAAGACCCAAUUUAAUUCUCAGGUCUCCGGGCAGAGCUAGCAAAGCUUCUACCUGAAACUCUGGAGAGCAAUUGAAGUGGCUCAGGAAAAGGCAGUGUCUUACAUUUCUUCCCAAAGGAAGCCUGGGAGAUGAUGAUUGAAAUAAUAUACUGACAAAAUCUCAUCUGAAAAUUUGGACUGUGAGUUAGGGCUAGGGGACAAGACCAUGUCAACUGAAAGUGACACAUCCCCGUUGGCUUAGUUUAAGCAGCAGAAUUGCCUCUUGUCUCUUCUCCCCUGUCAUUUGAGUUACACUUCUGAUACCUGCUUCCGAGCUCAAUUGCAACAGAUGGUACCAGCUGUUUUUACAUUUUUCUACCAUGCCUUGGUACCAGUGUGGCCGGGGUAUAUGUUUUUUAAACAGGUACUUUAAUCGUUAUUAUAAUGGAAAUAAUUGUAUAUUAUUUAAACUCUUCAUGCUUGACCAUAAGAUUCCAGCUUUAGUAUCCAAAGGUCAUGUGAAACCAAACCAAAGCAGCUUGAACAUGAUUGAUUUCUGUUGAGACAGAACUGCUGGCUUUGUUGCGAUCGCUGCAAGUGAAUGGGAAGGAUAAAUGCGAUUCUCUGCCUCGCACAAAAAGAGAUGGAUAUAUAUGGACAAGAGAACUGCAGGAGCGAAUAGUCAACUUUCACCUUUGGAGAUCAAUUGUACAACCUUGGAUUGUUAGAAACUGACAAGGAUCUGACUCAGUACUGUUCUGAAGAUGGAAGCAACCCCAUCCAGACUUUUGUGGGAUUUCAAAGGGCAGAACACAGCAUUGUGUGAAAGAUGGGGCUGCCCCGUUCCCUGUCUAUGACACCUUAAUUUAUCCAUUGUGACAUGUGACUAUGCUUUGUGUCUACCUGUGACCCAAACAGCAGGUCAAAGCUGAAAUGGAUGCUCUUGACUUCUGCCCACCCUGAAGAGGCUGAGUAUUGGUAGUGGUUAAAGCAGGGGGUGAAUUCGCAUUGGCAGCCAUCUGGUCCUAUAGAAAGCAGCAGUGAUUUAGCAAGACUGGGUCCACAGCUCGGUUUUGCCAAGUAGAAACCCAAGUUUUGCAGCAGGCCUGGUUUCUUCAUUUCUUUCUAAAACUUCAGAAAGGCCCAGAUCCAGAGCAACUCCUCCUGUGUAGGUGUGAAUAAUUGCCCAUCAUGGAGGAACCAAUUUGUCAGUAUACUUUCUGGGAGAAAUUAUACAGUAACUAUGGGAAGUUCCUCAGGGAUGUGAAUUUCCCAAGGCUCCAGUCUGAGUUAGGGAGCACGGUAUGCGCUUGAUUUCCCUUUUCUCUGGGGCUGGACAGAGAUAUAUCCUGCGAAACACACAGCGGUGUCGGGAUAGAGAUGAAAUUGGAGAAAGAAUUGCCAUAAGGAUAAAUUUGACAGAAGCUGCCAUUAGGGACAGCAGUCCCAUCUCUUUUCCAAUGUUUGGUCCUGCCCUAGAUGUCUUAAAAAUUAACUUUUUCCUGCUGGCUGGGUGAUACUUUUUAUUUUAUUUUGAGGUUGAAGAAGAUGUCAAAAAAUUGGAGGGGGAAAAAUAUUUCAAGCAAGUGCAACUAUUAUAGCAAAAUGUCUUGGCUUUUCUUUACUGUCUUAUGUUUUAAUAAGAUACAUAAAUAAA